AUGACCACAACUUGCCGGUUAUUAUGCUCUGUGAUAUUCCUCACAUUUGUCAUUGCAAGAUAUGAAGAUAAAUACGACCGCUCAAAAAUGCCAUGGGACUUGCGCCCAAUCGAUCGGUUCAUCGGAUUGUGGUCGUUGACGGGGUCAAAUGGAAGGCAACGUGAUCUACCGCCACCAUCACAAAUCGAUUAUGCAAUCAAUCCGAUUCCAAAGUUUGGAGCCAGAGCAGUGAAUAUCACCCACACCUACUUCGACCGCAACAGCGUUGUCCGUCACGACUAUGGAUUCAUGCCGGUCAAAAACGCGACCCGUAGAGACCCCCGUGUCCAUGUCGCCUACCUAACCACAUCUUCUCAAGGAUGGUCAAUGAUGGAGCAGGGACAAGUGAAGGAGGGAAAGAUGACGUUCCAUUUGAAACAAUUCAUGAGAAGAAGCUUUGAUGUUGGGAAUAAUAACAAUUUGGAGGUCAGAGAGUUCGAGAGACAACUGGAACUUCCGGAUUAUAAUACAAUGAUUAUGAAGAUCCGCGCCGAGACCGCCUACGACACCGAGUCCUACACAGCCACCUACAAGAGAGUCUACUGA